AGGUAAUUAUGGCUAGAAAUACCUAUUUAACCAAGGUGCUUGGUACUGAAAGGUACCAAGAGCUUCAAAAUACAACAGUGGUAAUGAUUGGAGCAGGAGGAAUUGGAUGUGAAUUACUUAAAAAUUUGAUCCUUUCUGGAUAUGGAUGUAUUCAUAUAGUAGACCUUGACACUAUCACACUUUCCAAUUUGAAUCGUCAAUUUUUAUUCCGUCAAAAGGAUAUCGAUAAAUCGAAAAGUCUUACGAUCAAGAAGGCAGUUGAAUCAUUCAAUUAUCAUGGAUGUAAGCUUAUUUCACAUCAUGGGAAUAUUACUGAUACUACACAAUUCCCCAUUUCUUGGUGGUCUCAAUUUCUGUUUAUUUUCAAUGCUUUAGAUAAUUUGGAAGCUCGUAGAUAUGUCAAUAGAAUGGCGUUAUUCUUAAAGACUCCUAUAAUGGAAAGUGGUACCACUGGAUAUGAUGGGUAUGUACAACCGAUUUAUCCCUAUCAGGCAGAAUGUUUUGAUUGUCAGGCAAAGGUAACCCCACAAACAUUCCCUGUUUGUACCAUUAGAUCCACACCAUCUAAACCAAUUCAUUGUAUUACCUGGGCUAAAGAAUUUCUAUUCCAUCAAUUAUUCGAUGAAACUGAUGAAGAUCCAGAUUCAGCUGCCACUAGUUUAGGUCAAGCUACUGAUAAUAAAGAAGAAUUGGAAACCCUUGUCAAGGAAUCCAAUGAAUUGGCAGAUUUAAGGAGAUCUUUAUUGGAAAAGAAUAACAAGACAUUUUUCAAAGGAAUGGUUGAAAAAUUAUUUGAUAUUGAUAUUGAAAGAUUACUUUUAAUUGAUACAUUAUGGCAAAAUAGACAAAGGCCAACCCCAUUGAAAUUCAAUGAAGAAUUAAGUGAGAAAUUGUUUAAACUUACCAUUAAGGAUAUUAAACAAGAUACAGAGAAAUGGGAUAUUUUAGAGAAUCUCUUUAUAUUGUAUCAAGCCACUAGUAAACUUCAAGAAAGAUUGAAGCAAAUGGAAGGCGUGGAUGAGAAUCGAUUUAUUUCCUUUGAUAAAGAUGAUGAAGAUACUCUUGACUUUGUGGUUGCAUCAGCCAAUCUUCGUAGUUCAAUUUUUAAUAUUGAUAUCCUUUCUAAAUUUGAUAUUAAACAAAUUGCUGGGAACAUUAUCCCUGCUAUUGCAACCACCAAUGCAAUCAUUUCAGGAUUUUCCAACCUUCAAUCAUUAAAUUAUUUCCAAAAUAAGAAUGAUGAAAGUAUAGAUUCUUCAUCAAUGGUGUUUAUUAGUAUACGACCAAAUAAAUACGUUACAUCUGCAGCAUUGGAACCACCUAGAAAUGAAUGUGGGAGUUGUUCUGUGGCCAGAGGAAUCCUUGAAUUGGAAAAUUUAACCAAUCAAAGUUUGGAAGAAUUAAUUGAAAUCUUAAAGGAUACUUAUAAAUAUUCGAGUGAUAUAUCACUUAUACUUGGGAAAUCUAAAUUGAUAUAUGAUUUUGAUUUUGAAGAUAAUUUGCACAAGAAAUUACAAGAAAUUGGAUUUACCAAUGGGGAAGUAUUAUUGAUCCAAGAUGAAGAUGAAGAAAAGGAAAAUUUGGAAUUAUAUAUCAAUGUUGGAGAUAAGUUUGAAGUACCAUCAAUUGAAUUAAGAGAUCGGAAAAAAAUUGUUAAACCAGAAGAGAACGGAGAGACUAAUGAAGAAGAUUUUGAAGAAUCCAAUAAGGCAUUUGAAACUAUAUUAAUUGAUGAUGAAGAUGUAGAAGAUAAAGAAAAUAAAGAAAAUAAAGUGGAGAAGGUGGACAAGGUAGAAGAAGAAGAAGAUGUUGUUGAAGAAUUGGUGGAAGAACCAGCUUCAAAGAAACAAAGAAUGUCAUAAUUCUUAUAUAGAUCAAUCUAUACUUUGUACACUAGAGAAA